AUGUUGCUGGAAAACGAAUUGGUUGAAAUCAACAGAAUUGCAGCAUCGUCAUCGAAUGACAACAGGGAGGAACCGUCGGCAUCAAAAAGCGUUAAAAUUCCACAAAUUUAUGAGUUUUUGACAGAGAAACUAUCCAGCAAAGUCAAAUCCAACAGAGCGGAUGCUAUCAUCACACUACGCGAAUACACUGAAAAACCCAAUGAGCCGCUAGAUGUAGACCCAUUGGAAUACUGGAAGACUAGAUCGACUGAAAUGAAGUCAAUGCAAAUCAUGGCAUGCAAAUAUUUAUGCAUUCCGGCAACUUCAACGGAGUCUGAGCGUAUGUUCAGCAAAGCUGGAGAAUUAGUCUCAGACAGACGAACAAGACUGAAGGAAAAAAAUGUAGAUAUGUUGUUAUUUAUCAACAAAAAUCACAAAAUGUGCUAAUAUUGAUCUCUUUAAAACCACUGAGUGGCUCUUUGAUCUCCGUUUUAACGUAAACUUAAGCUUUCAACUUAUGUUGUAAAUUAAUUUAUUAAUGUUUUUUUUAUUAUAAAAAUAAAUAUGAGUUAUUUUGUUCUUGGAAA